UUUGCGGAUCAUCAUCCAAGCCUCAAGUCAACCUCAACUCUUGCUAAACAGCUUCAUCGCCUUCAUCGUAAGUCGAUUUAUCACAUCACCAUGUAUCGUCGAGGUCCUUCUAAGGCUACGCCGGCAAACGUACAAUGCCAAAAAUGCCUCAAACGAGGACACUACUCAUAUGAGUGCAAAGCCAGCGCUCAGGAAAGACCAUAUAUCCCGAGACCAUCUCGGACUCAACAACUUCUCAAUCCAAAGCUUAUACCGAAGUUAGCAAGCGACACACCUGAUGCUCUGUCGAGCAAAAAGGGUGUUGCCGAUGAGGAGCUAGCUAAACUUGAGGCUGAGAGGGCCAGAAAGCGCGAGUUGGAGCGCGCUGACGAGGACUCCGACGAUGGAAAGGCUCCAGCGCGGCAGGUUCUUAAGAGGCGUAGAGCGGCGUCUUUCGACUCUGUGUCCACCAUUUCCACAGGCAGAUCACCUUCACCGCCUCCAGCUCGGAAAGCUCCUAGCAGCUCGCCGUUACCCUCCCGGAGGAGUGAAUCGCGCAGCCCGCCACCGCUGGGGCGAGCAGAGUCGUACGAUUCAGUCAAUGACGAUGAGCGGCCGACUCGGCCUCAAUCCUCGAAGCCGCGCCAGUUGAGCCCGCCAAUAAAUCGUCGUUCCAGGUCUAGAUCACUUUCUGAUGAUUUCUCACCUGCAAGACAAGAAGAUCGCCCCAGGCUUUCCAGAAGGGACUCUCCAAGCAGAUCACUUCCGCGAAGGCAACAGCGACGAUUCCGCUCUAGAUCAUCACGUGGUCAUCGCCAACCACCCAGAAGCCCAAGCCCAAGAGUAUCGGCCAGAGGAUCACGAGGUCGCGAUAUCGAAGACAACAAACCAAGUGCACCACCCCCAAGGCGGGAGCCACGUGAACGCAGCCUCAGUCCAUUCUCCAGGCGCUUAGCGUUGACACAAGCGAUGAACACAGGCCGGUAGUUGGAUUUUGAGAUUGAGCCCAGUCACACAGCGUUUUCUGGGUGCCCUUGGCCUUGUGUUGCACCACCUCAAGUGCAGGUGGCCAAGAAAA